GUUUUCAGUUCCACAUUUUAACAACCAAAAGGCGGAGUCAACUGUCGUCUAACUAAUUUUGGUCCUCAUGGCUGCAGCUUCUUCUCCAUCGUUCUCCCUCGCCGGCCGAGUCGCGAUAGUCACCGGUUCAUCUCGUGGGAUUGGCCGAGCCGUCGCUAUACACCUCGCCGAGCUCGGCGCGAAGAUAGUUGUCAACUACACCACCAGAUCCACUGACGCCGAUCAGGUCGCCGCGGAAAUCAACUCAUCCGCCGUCGCUGGUGGUGUUUCUGAACCGAUAGCCGUCGUGUUCCGCGCGGAUGUCUCGGAGCCGAGCCAGGUUGAGUCUCUCUUCGACACGGCGGAGAAAGCCUUCAAUUCGCCGGUUCACAUCCUGGUUAACUCGGCUGGGAUCGUCGAUCCCAACUACCCUACCAUCGCCAACACUCCCAUUGAGGAUUUCGAUCGCAUCUUCAGAGUGAACACAAGAGGAUCAUUCAUAUGCUGUAAAGAAGCUGCAAAGAGGCUAAAACGUGGAGGUGGUGGCCGGAUCAUAAUGUUAACGUCGUCAUUGACGGAGGCUUUGAUACCUGGACAAGGAGCUUACACCGCAUCAAAGGCAGCAGUUGAAACAAUGGUGAAGAUUCUUGCCAAGGAACUCAAAGGUUCAAGAAUCACUGCAAACUGUGUUUCUCCAGGGCCUGUCGCGACUGAGAUGUUCUUUGACGGGAAGAGCGAGGAGACUGUGAGGAACAUCAUCGAGAGGAGCCCUUUUGGUAGGCUUGGCGAGACCAGAGACAUUGCUUCUGUUGUUGGUUUUUUAGCUACUGAUGCUAGUGAGUGGAUCAAUGGGCAAGUCAUUGUUGCUAAUGGUGCAUUCCUCACAUAAUAAAGGUUUCGACUUUCGAGUGUCAACAACCUUUUAGUUAUCUUACCUUCAUUUCUUCAACUUUUGGAACAGUUUACUAACAACCUGUUACUCUGUUCAAUGCUUAAGCUUCUGAAAUUGAGUAUGUAAACUUUGUUCGAACCAUUACAAAUUUACAAUAAAGAAGUUUGAAACU